AUUAGAUAUUCUUUCAACUUAUGUACUCCAGAAGAAUUCAAAUCUCCUUCCACGAUUACGAUGGCUUUCUUGGCAUUCACCCAACAUUUGAGAUUACAAAUUUCUCCAUGGAGAAUGUGAUUAUCCUUGAUCUAUCUCGGAGUGAAAUUACUCAUGAUUGGAUGGGGUGGAGCCACAUGAAGGUAAUUAAGAAUUUGAAAGUUCUAAAUCUGGCUCAUUGCCAAGGCUUGAAGAGAACCCCCAACUUCUCAACUCAUUCAAAUUUAGAACAUUUGAUCCUAUCAGACUAUUACUCAUUAAUCAAAAUUGAUAGAUCGAUUUGUCAGUUGAAACACUUGGUUUUCUUAGAUGUAAGCCAUUGUGGGAAACUUCAAAUGCUGCCGGAUGAGCUGGGUAGAGAUCUUGCAAGCCUCAAAUACCUAUCUCUAAGUGGAUGCUCGAGUUUGAAGAGGCUUUUGGAGACAAUUGGGAAUUUGGAAUCGCUGAUUGAGUUGAACAUGAGUCGCAUGAGAAUGAAAGAACUACCCGAUUCCAUCAAAAAGUUGAAGAAUUUGAAAAUAGUGAAUAUGGAAUAUGUUGAGAUAAGCAAAAUACAUGAUACCUUUUGGACAAUAGAGAAGCUUGAAAUAAUAGAACUCAUCUACAAUAUGUAUUAUGAGAGGCACGUGGCAAUUGGUGAUUGCAUCUAUGAGAAUAAAUUCUUGAGGAUCUUGAGAUUGACAAACGCGAUAAUACACGCCCUACCAAGGCUUCCUGAAAGUCUCAUCGAAUUAGAAGUGGAGGAGUUGAGGGUGGACACGUUUCUGGAUCUCUCAAAUCUCACUAACUUAAAGGUAUUGGAUCUGGGUUUUGGCCUUCCACCUAAUUGGAAUGGGAAAUAUUAUGGGCUUCUGGAAGAACCGAUAUGACCGUGGAUUGGGAACUUAACCAAAUUGGAAUCUCGACCUUUGCACUGCGGGGCACUAUCGGGAUGCGGUACACGUGAGCCGACUCGGAGGGAGUCGCCCUCCGAGUCGCCUCCCGAGACUUCCCUCAAGUUUAUCCUCCUUUCGUCUUGAUGGUUGCGAGUCACUUUGCUCGAUGGAUCUAUCGAAUUUGAGGAAACUAUCGUCUCUCAAGAUUUGGAGCUCUGCAGUUGCAGAGAUUGAAGGCCUUGGUUGUUUGGAGAACCUACGGGAGUUGUACCUUCAGUUCCUUGGACAGCUGGCGAUGCUACCUGAUCUAAGCAAGUUAAACAAGUUGAGGCGUUUUGAAGUAACCGAUUGUGGUAAUCUGGUUGAGAUUCAAGGCGAACUACCCCAAUCUUUGGAAGAAUUGCGGAUAGACAGCUGUGAAUCUUUACAGAAGUUGCCUGAUCUAUCAAGCUUGAAGGGAUUGCGAAAGGUUAGAAUAAGAUGUUGUGGGAAAUUAGCGGUGGAGGAAAUUUCUCGGCUUUGCUCGGAGAAGUCAAUCAAAUUUGUGGGAGAAGACGGAGGAAAUUUCUCGGCUUUGCUCGGAGAAGUCAAUCAAAUUUGUGGGAGAAGACGAUGAAGAAGACGAAUUUGUUGGGAGAAGACGAUGAAGAAGACGAAUUUGUGGGAGAAAAUGAUGAAUAAGUGCAAUGCACUUGGAAGCUAUGAAGCACCGACACGUUCUCCGUGCUUCCGUGUCGUGUCCGACAUGUCGAGCGUGUCGGACACGUUGACACGCAUCGGACACGCUCGGAUAUGCGGUCAACGCGUGUGCCAAAUCGACACGUGGUCAGCCUUUGCCCGACACGUUUGGACACGCGUGUUCGGCGACGAUGGAGGGUGGAAGUGACGGCGAGGAGCGAGACAGACCAACGGCGAGAGUUGGCCAGAAAAAGAGCGGCGAGGAAGGGGUCGUGUGCGGCGAGCGGCGAGGACAUGGCUAAGUCUGCACUU